AUGCGUGAUCGUCGAUGUCGUCACACAUUGCAGUAUCAAAAUUUAUCGCAGAAAUAUCUGAUCAAAGGGGAAGAUAUUGAAGCGCAGUGUUUUCAUCGACAGUACUAUCAUUUAUAUCGCGCUAGAAUCGCUUUGCUUCGCAGUCGAGUCAUAGAUAACGCUAAGGUGUUGCUCGGUAAUGACAUCGAGCCUUGUCGAUUAACAAAAGCUGGAAAAGAUAGUAAAGUUUUAAUUGUAGGAACCAUAGUAAAACGUAUCAAGUUAAGACCAAGUGUUCUUCGUGAUUUAGCAGAAGAACAGCUCAUCCUUCCGAAACCAUUUGCUGAAGACAAAUUAAUAGGUGAUGAAGAUUUUGUAGAAUUAGAAGAUGAUGAUCAAAUUGUCCGCCUUUCUGGAAGCUUUGACAUAGAUAAUUUGUCGACUGGAUGUGUUGCUGGUAUUUAUGGUAUGCAACUUGCUGAUGAUAUUUUUGAAGUUCAUCAGAUAAUUUGGCCAGUCAAAGCAAUUCAACCCUCAUAUCCUGUUCUGCAUGAAGAUAGGUAUAUUAUGUUCGUGUCAGGAUUCUCCUUCACAGGUCAAACUGAAAAAUAUGCAGAAAAAUUAUUUGCUCUGAAUUUAUUGCAAAAAUGGCUUUGUGGUUUAUUACCUUUAUGUACAAAGGAACGUGAUAUUGUGGAAAGAGUCGUACGAUUAGUCGUAGCUGGUGAAAGUGUCGCUAUUACUGACCAGGGAAGAGAAUUUUCUACCGCUGCUCGCUAUCUGAUAAAAAAUGAAGAAUCUCCUAAUGUCGAGUGUGCGGCACACAUGGAUAACUUUUUGUCUAAAAUAUUAAGUUUGUUAGAAGUCGAUGUAAUGCCAGGAGUUGGAGAUCCUUCCACUCAUUUAAUGCCUCAGCAACCGAUUCACCGUGCUGUGUUUCCAAAAAGCUCUCGACAUGGAAAGAUGCUUAACCUUGUGACAAAUCCUUACCAGUUUUGUUUAGAUAAUGUUCAUAUUGUGGGGACAUCAGGCGAAAGUUUGUCUGAUUUGAAGCGUUUUACUAAAAAAUUGAGUGGUACUGAUUUGUUGAGAAAUAUUCUGCAUUGGCAGCACCUUGCUCCAACAAUCCCUGACACUGUAGAUGGAUUUCCAUUCAUGGAUCGAGAUCCAUUCAUCAUAGAAUCCUUUCCACACAUACUUUUUGCAGCUAACCAGUCAAAAGUAUCACAUGUUAUUGCGGAAUUUGAAGAAAAUCGACGCACACUUCUUCUUUCCGUCCCAAGUUUUACAAAAACAUUUUCUGCUGUACUUGUGAAUCUACGAAAUUUGGAAGUAAUCGAGCAAAAUUUCUCUUCCGAUUAUAUAAAUGUGAUAAACUAG